CGUGCUUGUUGUGUUUCUAUUUAGGUGAACCAUCCAGCACCAUUAAAAGAGCUCCAGAGCGCAGCAGCGUCGACGACACGGUUUGGAUAUCUUUUACGCACGCAGGCACAUUCUCGAGGGGGAACACGUUGGUCCUACGUUAGAGAGGCGGUUACAGCGAAGCGAGAGGCCACCUUAAAUCACUGCUGACAUAACAAGAACACUACUCCACCCACCCAUAUCCGAGAAGAGGUGGCUCACCUUCCCGGCUCUGCUUUCAUUACCAAGAAAGAAGCCGGUGCAUUAACAACACGAGGACAUAAUAAGCGCAGCUGCUUCUUGGUGCGUAAAACGACGCGCGGUUUGGAUACGCACGAGGAUUCACUGAGAGAAAAAACACCUUGUGGAUAUUCAAGUGGAUUUAUCUGAGAGUUUUUAUCACCGGUUUGGGUUUCAUUUACAUGCCAAAGCUGGGGGAACACACUGGAUCACAGCAUACUUCUUCCUCUGCGAGAAGCUUUAAAGUUGUCGCCACAAUAAUUGGUUAUCGGAUGGACCAGCACCCCAGCGCCCGGAGCUGCACCAGCCGCGGGGCUUCGUCCUGCGAGGCCGUCCCGACUGAGCCCUCCAUGAAUCUGUACAUCCACUCCACCACCGGAACACGCUUCGAGCUCUCCCUUCCGCAGGAGGAGACCGUGGACGGACUGAAGAGGAGGCUGGCACAAAGACUCAAAGUACCCAGAGAGAGACUCGCUCUGCUGCACAAAGAAACGCGACUAAGUUCAGGCAAACUCCAGGAUCUAGGCAUCUCUGAUGGGAGCAAGUUAACACUUGUACCAACAGUUGAAGCAGGAUUAAUGUCUCAAGCAUCAAGACCCGAACAGUCAGUCAUGCAAGCCUUGGAGAGUCUAACAGAAACUCAGGUCAGUGACUUCCUGUCCGGCCGCUCUCCCCUCACCCUGGCACUGCGUGUCGGCGAUCACAUGAUGUUCGUCCAGCUCCAGUUGGCGGCGCAGCAGUCCGGCGGACCCCAGCUCCAGCACAGACACGUCAUCACCCGGAGCAACGCUGAGGCCGCAAUGGGACAGCCCACGACGGGGCAGCCCCGCGUUCCCCACCCUCACCCUCACCCGCACUCCCACCACCACCCCCAUCAUCCACACACCAGCCCCCACUUGGCCCAGCCUCACCUGGUCCCUUCCUCCCCCACUCCCCCGGGCUCCCCGACCUUCCCCCUGCCCUCCGCGCACCACCAGCCGCUCCCCCCCAUGUACCACCAGUCGCCCUCCACUGCUCACUGUAGCCCCCCUACUCCCCCUCCUCAGCCCCACUCCCCUCGCCCGGCCAACAUCCCUGGAGGUCCUUUCCGCUCUCCAGCCCAUCACCAUCACCACCACCACCACUACCACCAGCCUUCCUCAAGCCAACCCAGCCACGACAUCGGCCAGGCCAGCCCCGUAGCCCCGGUCCUCUGCCCUGAAGCUAACUGCAGCACCAACAGCCCCACUAGCCCCACCUGCCCCCCCACCCCCACCAGCCCCACCAGCCCCGCCAGCCCCGCCAGCCCCACCAGCCCCACCAGUGGCAGCAGUCCCUCAACACGCUCCCGCAAACCUGGCGCCAUCAUUGAGAGCUUCGUCAACCACGCUCCCGGAGUCUUCUCAGGGACCUUUUCAGGCACUUUGCACCCUAACUGCCAGGACAGCACUGGGCGUCCCAGACGAGACAUCGGUACCAUCCUGCAGAUCCUGAACGACCUCCUGAGCGCCACGCGCCACUACCAGGGCAUGCCCCCCUCCCUCACCCAGCUCCGCUACCAGACCCAGUGUGGCUCGCCCACCUCCCCGUCCCCCUCGCCGCCUCCUUCGCCCCAAGUCGCUGGCAUGACGGGCCUCUCUGCCAAAGCUACCUCUGUGCCCGCCAGCAGCCCUAGCAACCCUCCGCCGACCCUUCAUCCGCUGGUGCAGUGCCAGAGUCAGAUCCGCAUGUGCAAACCCCCUGGUGACCGCGUCCGUCAGACCGAGAACCGUGCAACUCGCUGCAAGGUGGAACGCCUGCAGCUGCUGAUGCAGCAGAAGCGUAUUCGCAGGAAGGCAAGGCGGGACCAGCGCGCUCCGUAUCAGUGGCUGCCCAACCGCAAGGCCGGACGCAGCAACAGCAACAGCAGCAUGUCCAGCGAGGGCUCCAUGGACCUGGACUUUGACGACUCGGUGUGGAAGCCCGACGUCAAGGCUGACUUGAAGCCCGAGUUCGUCAUGGCCUGAAGAUCCCACACGCUGGGGGAUACGUUCAAAGAUGUGCUCGGGAUUUACUUAGAGAUAUAUUUUGAGGGAUUGGAUUGGCAGGAGAACUGUGCAAAGAAGAGGUUGAGGCUGGCGUCUGUCACGUGAAAUAUAAGGCUCCCUGCAGACUUUAAAUCCCAUUCUGUCAUUCACAGUUUGUGAAAAAACAGCAACAAUAGCAAGAGGACUUUCUUUUGAUGCUUGGAUUUGGACAGGCAACAACCGAACUCAACAGUGUACAAGACUUUUUACGGUGUGACUACAUACCUGAACUUGAGCAUAGCAGAAUUCAGUGGGUGGUGGUUCGCGGUGGUGGUGGUGGUAUUUUCAGAUUUUCAGAUUUUCUUUUCUAAGAUUUGUUUUUUAAAGUGCACUCUGGACAGCAAUGAAGAGAUCCACACUGGACUUAUUAACAGGACGGGAGCACCAGAGGCCUCAGUGUCUCCUAUUCACAAGAAUGGCAGAAAGUGCCGAACUAUGGAUUACUCCAACGGGCAUUCUUAUCGAUCUCAAAACUCACCAACCAGAGUCUACUUUUUACCUGUUACGGGGUGGUUAAACUUUUUUUUUCUUUUUUCCAUUUUGAAACAUAUUAUUAUAUUUUAUAAACAAAAAAAAUAUGUAGCAUUGUUCACAAAGCAUUCAGGUUUUCAUAUAACAGUUCAAAGUAGUUGUUGAUUUGCACAUUUUUCUUGAUUUAUAACAGCUGGUCAAAGUGUGCAAGAAGGAGGAGGUGGGGCCUGAAACGGAAUAAAAAAUGGAAGUAUUGAUAUCAACCUCAGUGACAUAGGGUAUCGAUAGGAAUGAUUAAUGAGUAAAAUUAAUAUUAAAGUGCUUUAGAGGAUUUUAAAAUCUUUAAAAUGUAUAUGGAAAAAUAAAAUCUAUUUUUUAUUUCUCUUCCUAUCUGCUGUUUUCAAAAAACAGCAGCCCGCCGUGGCUUCAGUCAAGUCGUUGACUACCAACAAAUCCAUUCAAUCAUUCGUCAGCUCCUUCAUCAAUUAUAGUCGUCCAGCCACAACAAAUGAUAAAUAAAUUUCAUCCAGCCCACCUCAUGUCUUACAGACCUGAAUGGACUUGUUGUAUUAGUUUGUGUACAUAAAUGUGACAAUUAAUUGGCAGAGGUUUAUGAGGGUGUGUGUAUGUUUGACUUUGGUGUAAAUUGAUUUAGAAUACCCCAAGUUUUUGUCCGAGUUGUCUUCUCCCAAAUAACCCCAUAAUUUCUCAAAGAUCAGCUGCAGUGAAUGCAUGGGUCACUACUUUAUAUCACAACAGGAUAAAACAUCAAAUUUUACCACAAGUCCUCAUAAUAAUGACUAUUUUUUUAUUGGCAAAAGAGGGAGAAGAAGAAGAAGAAGAAGAAGAAGUGCGAUCUGUAUCCAGCAUCAUUAUCUAGUGCCUCCACCAGUACAUCCGUUGACAUAUCAGGUUAGGCCUUUCACAGUUUUGCUGCUACACAUGGGGACUUGAAAACAAAAAAAAGCGAGAGGGGAAAAGUGACUUUUCUUUGCAUGCAGAAGUGUGAAUUACACUGAUCUUUUUUUUCUAUUGAUGGAAGACAAAAAAAAGAAACUGGUGCUGUGGGAAUGAAGGUUAACAACAUGCAUGAAUUUGUGAAGAAAAAUAAACAAUGCUGCUUUUGUUGGAUAGGUUUUUUUUUGUAAUUUUGAUUUGUCAAUGUUAGAACAACGGUGUCCUGCUAAAGUAUUAACGACGCAAAACCAAAACAGAUGAAGUUAAGUGUGGACUCGCGUCUUGCUCAGCACUGAACAUUCCUGUUGUGUGACAAUGAAGAUGAUGAUGAGCAAAGAGCAACGGACUCUCUCUCUCUCCACUCCCCGAGCGCUGGUUUUACCCCCCACGACUCUCAAGGACCCAGACAGCCCUACGGAACAUCGCCACCUCCCCUCCUCCCAGGCCGAACGCCAACCAAGGCUGGUGUCGACGUACUCUGGCAGGGAACUAACAGACCAGCGGAUUCACAGUACUGUCCGUCAAACUCGAGAGAAGCGUCUGGUCUGUCUCUUUAUCUGUCUGUCUGUCUGAUCGAUCGACCACCCUACCACAAUUGCACUCCCAGAGAUUGCAGUGAGAGAUUACCUUUUUGGUGAACCUCAUCUUUUUUUUAAGUGGCCUUACCUUUCACUAAAAAAAUGAGACACUUGGGGACAAUGGGGGCGGGAAUGUGUUUUUUUGGGGGUUUUUAAACUUUCUGUGUGCAUCGUUGUCCAACUUGUUGUCAUCAAGGCGCCAUUUUUGUCACUGAGGACACUGGGCAUCUGUCGUUUAGUGCUUUUAGCUGGUGGAGUCUCUAUUAUGUCAAGGCUUCUGUGCCUUAAAAAUGUUGCCCUUGCUGUGUCAGUGUCAGAUUUAAGCUUGUUUUCAUUGGUUGAUACACGGGACUGUAGUAUUUGCAGCCACGAGAGUCGUAGAUUUAAGGGGUAAAAGCUUGUUUGAGUGAAUCAAAAGUUGGUGUUGUUCCUCAAAUACUGUCUUUGUCCCAUUUCUUCAUUGUGUUGCCAUGCUUGUUGGUCUCCGUUGUCCGAACCUCACAUCCCUCUUAACUCAGUCCUCCCACCAACAAGCUGCAAAAGGCUACAAGUCUGUGUAACGUAUGCUAACUGAGGAAGUUUACACCAUAGUACUUAGACGGCAAGAAACAGCCCUGAAUAAGAAAGAAAGGUCCUCUGAGGACUCCAGACUACAUGCACUUCCUUUUUCCUUGGAUACAACAUUAUUAACGGACAAUUUAUCCCCUGCCCCUCCCAAAUUUUUAUUUAAUUUUGUUUUGUAUAUGUAUGAACUAUACUCUGUGUGUGCCUCACUUCUGUGUGAAACUCAAAAAGAUGAAACAAAACAAAAAAGAUGACAAAAGCAUUACAGAGAGGAUAAAAAAUACAGUAUGUUGGUGGAAUUCUGAUCAUUUAAGUUGCCUGUUCUUUCUUGUAGCCAACUAUUGAAAAUAACAGGAUUCAAGAAUACAAUUUACAAUGUUCUAGCUCUAGACCGGUGUAGCACAUGUGUGACUGUAUUAAUUUAUGAAACCAAAAUGGUAACUGUGAAUUAUGUAUUUCUUUGUGCAUUUUUUUAAAAAGCGGGGGAGAAGGUUGUCGGGACACAGCAGCAGCUGAUGCUCGUGUCCGGAAAAAACUUUUUUUUGUUUUGGUGGAAUAUAAUGGAAACGAAACAUGUUUCCGAAAAAAAAGCAAAAAAAAGCAAAAAAAAAAAAAUGUAAAAAGACAAAAAAAAAAGAAAAAAUAUAUGAAUAUAUUUUUUUUCUUAAGCAAUACAUUUCAGUGUGACUUGUGAUAGAACAUUUUCUUUUUUUAGGUAAUAAAUAAAUAAAAAACAAAAUGAGUACGUCA